UUGGAUGGCCUUGGUCUCACUGUUCCGCCAAAAGAAGAUUUUACCCUUGAUUUUAUUGUGGAUACUUUGGGAAAAGAAUACAUGGUGGAUACAAUUAAUGUGUUUGAGCAAGAGACUAUUACAAUGUCUAUCGGAUCAUUUGCUGAAAAGUUUUAUGAAGAAAAACCAAGAAAGGAAUUAUACAACAUAAUUUCUCUUGAGGUUUCACAAAUUUCACAGUAAGUUCUAGUCUAUAAAAAAAGAAGUAUAGUUUUUUAAGAUCAGCAAAUGCAAAAAUUGGCCAUUGAAAACCAAGCCCAAAAUCAAUAUUCAAAAAUUUUCCUGAAAAUAAGAAAAUGAAAAUAAGAAACCAGAAAUCAAUAAACUUCACUUUAGACUAUGCAAUUCUAUCAAUCCACCAGAGAUGGUUCGAAUAAUUUCAAUGGUCGAAAAACUGUGGUCUCACCGAAAGAGAGAAGAAAUUCGUCCUUACCUCGAAAAAUUUUUAUUGAUUAGUAUGGAAGGAAGUUUUACCACGUUUCACGUUGAUUUUGGAGGAAGCAGCGUUUACUAUCAUAUUUUGAGCGGACAAAAGAUUUUCUAUCUUGCUCUGCCGACACAAGAAAAUUUGGAAUGGUUUAGAAAAUUGGAAUUGGAAGGAGAAGAUAAUGAAUGGCUUCCUGAUUCUUUACCAGAUUCGAUUUCCCGACUUGUCAUCAAACAAGGGGAGACUAUAUUUCUACCAUCUGGAGUAAUUCAUGCUGUUUAUACUCCAGUUGAUUCUAUUGUUAUUGGAGGAAACUUUCUGCAUACAGGAAGUCUCAAAAUGCAACAUCGGUAAGUUUCAAUGUUAUAUAAAUGAACAACAUUCUUAAUUUCCCAGAAUUUAUGAAAUUGAAAUGGAGAAAAAGAAGAAGUUUGAUAUCGAUUAUAAGUUCUUAUUCCCUCUCUUUGUUGAAAUCCAUUUCUGGUAUGCGAAAGACAUUUUUAUUCCGGCUCUCCGGGUUUCCAAUCAAAAAAGGAACAAUAUAAAAGAAAGUUACGAAUGGAGUUGUAUAAUGGACAUUCUACCGAUUUUGAUUAAAUUGAAGAAUUUGGAAAAGCAGAAAGAAACUUUGAUCUGGUUGAGCUUCAAUAGAAUUAUUAAGGCUAUUCAAUCACAAAUCCAAAUUCAACUCAAGAUUCAAAAUCCUGGUAACUGAUCAUUGGAAUUUUCCACUUCUACUUCUAAUUUUUUUUUAGAUCGAAGUAUGGGACUUUCAAGUUCAUCAUCAAGAAAAACGAGAAAAUUUUUGCCAGAAAUUUCAUUUAAACCAUCAUCGUCCGAAAAUUUGGCGAAAAGGUUAGUUUUCACAACUUUAUUUCAAAAAUGAAUAGUUUUUUCCAGAAACAAAAUGAUUCCUGACAAACCAUGGUUCUAA